AUGACCUCGUACCAAGAUGAUGGCGGAAACGUGCUGCCAGACGAUGAUAGUGAAGCGGAAGAUGCAGCGAUUCUGCGACGUCCAACUACGCUUCAAGAACCAACAGACGAGGCGACAAUUACCCACGCGGAUGAUCCCGAUAUCCUCCCGGACCUCGACGUCGACGAUGUGAACGGCGUUCCUGGCUCGGUGGUGCACACUGAAGCUGAGAUCGCGCAGGAGCACAAUACACACCUCGACGAUGAGCCAAAUCCAAGUCUUGACGAAUCUGCCUCAAAUCCAGAUGAUACGCCCUCCGUCCAGGGUUCCGUGCUAUCGUCUCCAUCCCGUUCACUUACGAGCCCCGCUCGCAGAGGCAGUCCUUCCUCUCCUCAUCGUCCCUUCGAUCGCCGUUUCCAGUCUCGGCUGAGCAGUAGCUCCCUGUUGACGCCUAGGACAGGAUCGCCGGCUUUCUUGACUGCACAUUCGCGUCAUUCGUCGGUAGGAAGCAUUGCACUACCACCUCCCUCAGAGCCCGACGAGAACGCGGCACCGUGGGAUGUUAUCCGUUGGAGCAAGCUUCGAAAGCUCAGUGGCCAGGCCUUCUCGGAAGUCGGAAAGAGAAAUUUCGGUUUUCCGACAUGCAUGGCUGUAACAGACAGCAUGGUCGUUGGCACUUCGCGCGGCAUGAUCUUGGUCUUUGAUCAUCAACAAAACAACAAAGCUGUCAUAGGUGCCGGCACAAAAGCUGUCGAAUGUGGUGCGGUGACAUCGUUAGCAAUCUCUGCCGAUCAUACAACGGUCGCCGCAGGGCAUGCGACGGGCCAUCUCUUUACGUGGGAGAUAGCUCGCCCGGCUCGACCAUUUCUGCACAUUCCUCCCAUUGAUGCAUCACAGCCGCAAGCGCGAAGAGGCGAUGGGCAUGUUGAGGGCAGUGCUGUAAUCCAUGCAGGUUUUCUCGGCUACAGACGCACUGCUCUCGUUUCUGCAGACGACAAGGGCAUGGCAUUCUCGCACCUGGCUACCCGUGGAAUGGGUGCGGUAGGACGGACAAUGAAGACAACGAGGAUACUAGGCCGCUACACUGAAGUCGUAACUCGCGCAGCAAAACCACUUAAGAAGAGCUCGGUCCUUGCUUUCUCGCCUCUACCGUUGGGCAACGUGGAGCAGAAGACUGAUGGUCUUGGCCUGGUCGCAAUGUUGACUCCCUACCUUCUAGUCAUUGUUUCCACUACUCCUGUCGCUCAAACGCAGCACAAGGCCGCCAGACCGAAGGAAGUUGCUGCUCAUAGUGCAAUGACCGCCGCUCUCGCCUGGUUCCCAGCAAUUAAGCUCAAGGGCGCUGAGUCAUCUGUGUCUAACAACAAGCUCGCCUAUGCGUGGUCAAACGUACUCACGAUACUGGAAGUUCAUGAAGUGCCUCCUGAUGAAGCUGCGGAGAAGGAUAAGCCACCUGAGCUCCAGUUCCUACCACGAAGUCGCUACAAAGCCGAAGAAGCUAUUGUUGCCCUCCAGUGGCUUAGUCGAUCCGUCUUGGCUGCUCUCACCAUCACACAACAGCUCCUGAUCAUUGAGGAUAGCUCCAUGAAUGUUGGGGACUCAUUCGACUUACUUCCCAAGAAUCUGUAUCAUGCCGACCUUUAUUCCCAUCAGCUACAGGCUGUAAUUGAGAGUCAUGAUGAGGCCGACACUUCGCUGCAUGGCGUUGUAGCCGACGCGUUCCACAUGAGUGUACGAGCAUACAAAGGCAGGCUCUUCCUCCUCGGAUACAAUGAAAUAUGGUGGGGAAGCUUGACCAAUUGGGCAGAUCGACUCCUGGCUUUGAUGAACGUGGGUGACUUUAUCGGUGCGAUCCGCCUCGCGACCAGAUAUUAUUCUGGCCUGGGGGAAAAGCUAACCAUAGGUCUUCCUGAGGAUGAAGAGACUCGGAAGACAACGGUUGGUGAGAGGCUGUUCGAGAUGAUGACAGCGUCUCUGAAGUAUGCAUUCGGGAAGAACCAGCAAGCCGGCAAUGAGCCCAUCGAGGAAUCUCAAAUGGCAGAACUUGCAGAAGCUGCCAUUUCAGCAUGUCUGAUCACGGACGACCAGGACUUCCUAUUCGACACCGUCUUCCCUUGGUAUGACGACCAUGGCCAGGCACCGCUUUUCAUGGACGUUCUCGAGCCACACAUUCUGAGUGGCGCAGUGACCGAGAUACCGCCUCCGCCUCUCAAAGUUCUGAUCGACUACUUCUCUACAACUCACGCGCCAUCAAAGCUCGAGGAAAUCAUAUGUUUCCUCGACACCAGUUCCAUGGACAUCGAUCAAGUCACCAAUCUCUGCAAGAAGUACAAUCUCUACGACGCUUACAUCUAUGUCUGGAAUAAUGCUUUGGCAGAUUUCACAACGCCUCUUAAUGAGCUGCUCCAAAUGGCGCCCGCGAAGAACGCUGUAAACGGACAUGCAGAUUACGAUGUAACGCGCAGAGACAACGCCCAAAAGAUUUUCCCGUACAUCUCCUUCAUCCUCACCGGUAGGACGUACCCGACAGCGACACCAAUGACUGAUGCGCUGUCCACGUCAGCGAAAGCGCAGAUAUACGAUUUCUUCUUCACGGCUGUCCCUCGACGCUCAAGCCCCAAUGCCCGGCGAGAUCGAUCUGCUUCCAACGGCACGAUGCCUUACUCUACAUUGACUCAAAUUCUCAAAUUCGACACGCCGAGCUUCAUGAGCGCCCUCAACGAGGCGUUUGAGGACAGCUUCCUCAACUCAGGAGAGGAAGAGGCUGCCAACGGCGAUGCAGCACAUACAGUCACCCUUCAAAAGACAACGUACAACCGCCAAUUCAUUGUCUUGGUUAUGCUAGAAGUUAUGUCGUCGGGUUUCGAUGCUGAGGAUACUAUCUAUCUGGAUAUGUUUGUUGCACGGAACCUCCCCAAGUAUCCUCAGUACAUGCUGCUAUCAGGGACGGCGCUUCAGGACAUCUUCACUCGACUUUGCCGCUACCCGGAGCCUGAGAUGAGAGAAGAUUGCCAGCUUAGCGUGGAAUACCUCUUAUCUGUCUACCAUCCUUCCAACGCUCAGUCUUUGGUGCCAUCGUUACAUGAGGCUGGUUUUCAUCGAGUCCUGAAAUCUGUGUAUCGACAGGAGCAGCAGUACGCGGAUGCUGUGCGCAUGUAUCUGCUUGACGAAGAUGACCAAGAUGGGAUCUUCGCUGUGUUGACUGAAUUUUUGGCCCCCGGCUCAUCAGUUCCAGAGCGGCAGCAGAACAGUAUCCGUAGUUUUGUCCGGGAACAUGCCUUCGAAAUCGCCAGGUUGGAUGUGCAUCGGACGGCAAGCACCAUGGACCAAGUCGCACCACAGCUUCAUGAGCAUUUCCUUCGGAUCAUGGAAGACGAUGACUUUGGUCAAUUUCAAUACUUGAAUACCCUGUUCGAGUCCGUGGAUGUUGCGGGUGACCUGCGCCCAAAACGCGAAGCCUCUCUUCUCGAGGCCUACAUCCGUCUGAUGUGUCAGUAUCAGCCCGAGGAUGUUUCGGAUUUUGUGGAGACACUCCGAGAAGGCGAUUUGCGCCUCGAGGAAGUUAUCCCUGCAAUGGAGCAGACUAGGGUUGUCGAUGCCGCCGUCGUGCUCGAGGCUCGCUCCGGACGGGUCCAGGGCUCGAUGAAACGACUAACAGCACAUCUUGCGUCUCUCGGAAGCGCUUUGCUUGGGCUCUUGGGCAACCGGGAAGUGUCUGAUAUGGAUCAGGACCACACGAUUGAUGAAGUGAUGACGUUGAUUGAGAAAUAUGGCAAAGUUGGUACUUGGCUGUGCCAGUGGCAGAGCCGCAUCUAUCAGAAAUCACGAGUAGUGACCAAUUCUCCGCGUCGAUCAAGCAUCAUACAGCAACCUCUGGCAUUCGAUGAGGCCCUGUGGGUGGAACUCAUCGAGGUCGUGGUCGGUAUCGCACGUGAGGUGUCCAUCGAUCCUGGAAAACAGAAGAGUCGGGACGGUGACGACGUGACGAUGACCCUGCGCCAGAUAAUCCAACAGGUCUUUACAGCCUUGCUUACUGCAACAACGGCAGGCCGAGACAGUGCAGGAGGGGCCAACGACCUCUCCUUCCUCCGCAUUUUACGCACUUUCCUUACGAAUGCAGCAAAGACCACUCCGUCGCUGUCGGAGCUGCGUCAUGUCAUCAGCUCGAUAUUCGCCGCUUAUGCCCACGAGCGGUCGCUACUGUCGUUGUCGAAUGCAAUGCUCGACAAGGACGUCUUUGUCAAUUUGCACGACGUCCACCAGCUGCGACAGAAGGGGUGGCGACCUCGCGGGCAGGUGUGCGAGGUCUGCCGGCGUCGAGUGUGGGGCCCUGGCCUCGGCAGUGCUGUCUGGGAUGCAUGGCAGAAGAAAGAGGAGCAGAGGACCUUGCAGAAAGCGUGCCACUACAGUCAACCAGACGAUGCUCGAGCCAAGGGCAAAGCAGCGGCCGAAGCUACGACCGACGAAGAUGACGAGGACACAACAGGACAGUCUGCCCAGAAAGCAUUGGGACCUAUUGUAGCUUUCUCAUGCCGGCAUUUGUAUCAUCACGGGUGUUUGACCUCGAACGAAAACGCACAGGACGCUGGACAGCUCGGAGUGGGCGGAGAUGUACAGCUAGCGUGCCCGGCAUGCACAGCGAAACGGGCAUAG